CCUUACGGACAAGUCUUCAUAUAUGUAUUCGCCGAUGGGACAGUCGUACCGCCGAUUCGGUUUCAGCUAAGCCCUAAUCGCGAAUUUCAUCGCCGCCGUCGUUGAUUCGCUGAUCCGUACCUCUGUGUGGUUCUCUCGGCUGAUCGGAAAGAAAAAAAAAUGUCUGCAUAUGAAAAUGUUGUCGGGGGGAAGUUGAAGCUGAAGGGAAAGGCUCUAGAUGUCAAGGCUGGAGGGAUGAAGAAAAAAAAGAAGCAAAAGAAGCAAUAUGAACAAAUUUCUCAGGCUGUUGAAAAUGAGAAUACGGAGCUGGUGACUGAUUCCAACGAGACAGGGAUAGCCGAUGCAGAAAAACCAUCUACUGAAGAUGGGAGUUCGACCAAUUGGGACGACCACCUGACUCCAGCCGAGAGACGUUACAUCGAACAAAGAGAGAGAAUAGAUUCGCACAAGCUUGCUAAGACAUCAAACAAAUCGCACCGUGACCGUAUUCAAGACUUCAACCAGUAUCUCGCCAACAUGAGCGAGCACUACGACAUCCCCAAAGUCGGCCCGGGUUAACCAACAGAUCGACGAUCGAGAAUUGCCUCUGGUAUGAUGCUAUUCAAGGUUAUGUAUGUGUUCUUUUACUUUUCCAUGACUUUGAGACAGCUCUAUUGACAGAUGGAAAUCAAGAUUUUAUCUCAUGAUAUGUAAAAAUUGUAGUAAUGUUUUUUUA